AUGGAGCGCAUCAAGGCUGCAACAGCGACCUUGACAAAGGCGCCAAGCAAGACGAAGAAGAUUAACGCAAAUGAGACUGUCGAUUCCUUGUCAGCAUCUAUCGGGUCCUCUGACCUAGUUACAGCCCACAAAUCCUUCGUUGAGUGGUACAUCUCAUUCCUCAAAGCCGAAUUGCGGCCGACAGCUAGCUACCAGAGACAUAUAUCAGCACUUAGGUGUAUCUCCAUUAUUGUCAGGUCCGGAGUCGAUGCUCGAAUCACUGGCACUCUGUUCCCAAAGUCCACAGGUGGCACGGUGGCGUGGCCUUUCACAUUGAUUGUGAUUGACAGAGAGAUGACUGAUCUAUUGAUUGAUCUGCUCCUCAACGCGUUUGACGAUGUCAGAUCUACGGCUGCAGAUAUUCUGAGUCUCUUGGACUCUAGUUCACAGCAGCAAGAUAGUUUAGGAAGAACCCCUAUAUUGGUCAAAGUCCUCGCGCAAGCGGAGGAUAUGUUGGUCCUUAGUGGACGUGCUGACCAUGCAGACGGUGUUGCGCAGCUUUACAGCAUCUUGUUCAGUCAAUGUUCAGAACUGACCAGUGAUCGUGAGCAGUGGUGGGCGUCCAAAUGUGCAAUGCUGGAAUACCUCGUUCGUAACGUCGAACAAACGGUCCAAACCGCCAUUGUAGACAUCAGCAGAGCAAUCAGCGAGCAUCCUCUACAUGGCCUGUUUAUCAGUCUGAGAUACAUCAUUGAAAAGUCUGGCUUCUAUCAGGUUAUGUCUUCUGAUCUUACUGCGUUGUCCCAUCUACAGAAGCUCUACACUCGACUUUACGACAUCUUUGAGGCUCUCUGGAACUGUGUACACGACACCCUGUGUAAUGAUACUACCGAAGGUGUUGCCGCUGAAGAGCUUGAGGAAGAAGAUAUCGGAACCAAGGAUGUUCUGAGUUACUCAUGGCGAGCCCUCAAGGAAUCUAGUCUGCUAUUGCGAGCUAUCGUGAAAAGUUGUCCCUUUAGUUCCCUCGACCACGAACUUCUCUCGCCCCAGCAACUUCGCCAGCUAGGUGAUCUCACUUUCACACAGCUUGCAGAGCUGCGUCAUCGUGGUGCCUUCUCGACAGUCGCUCAAACCUUUGUCGUCUGCUGCAUACGCUCCAACAGUGGUGCAGACACCGUUAGCCAAGAUCUCGAGGACUGGUACAAGGUACAUCAGAUCUGUUGUCAUCAACACAUGAUACAACAACUGACAAAUUUUAGCNGUGCAAUCCUUUGCAUCCAAAAUCAGACCGCGAUCAAUACCCGUCGCUCCGCAGGGUUGCCGUCUUUGAUGAUCGGCAUAGUUGUUGCAGAUACAAAGGGACUUCUGUUUGGCAGAGCCAUGGCAGAGCUUACUACAGAAGGCACUAGACCUGUCGAGAAAAAUGGCGAAAGUGCCGGUGGUCUUUCUCAAGUCCAUGCUCUAAAUUGCAUCAAGGAUAUCUUCAAGAACUCGAGGUUGGGUGAGCGAUCAGAGGCACAUGUGCCACAAGCACUCAGUCUUGCAGCUGAGUGCUUGUCUUCGGACACGUACGUUGAACGUCGUUUGUGCACACAAUGGACUAUGCUAACUCUCAUGUCAGAUNGGGCUGUCCGAAACUCCGGAUUGAUGCUCUUCAGAGCCCUCAUGGACAGACUGAUUGGUACUAAUGAUGCAUUUUCGGAGGAGGAUACACACAUACAGAGUCGUGUCUCGGAUGAGGCAAUCACGAGUUUGAUGCACGUUGUUCUCCAGUUGCUGUCGACUGAUACCGACGUCAACCAAGUCAAGGCCGAAGUGGUUUUUCCUGCUUUGCAGCUCCUUCAACGUGUGCAGCCGCCUUCUGACAUGUCAGAAAGGAUCCAGUUUUCAGUCUUGAGGCUUGCUUCAAACCGGCAAUGGCUUGUUCGCGAUAAAGCAGCUAAGACAUACUCCACUUUGGUGCCCGUCAGAGACCGAGUAAGUCGUGUCGUAGAGCUGCUCCAACAUGAAACUCGUAGUCAGAAUGAGGCACAUGGCACUUUACUUGCAGUCAAGUACCUUAUCGAAAGACAAGGAAAGAACUUCAGCACCGAAGAUUUGGACACAGUGGUAACUGUCAUCCAAUCAAGAAUUGAUAAUCUUCUCUACGACAAUGUAUGUGCACUUACACAAGCGGCAUUUGUGGACGUGCAAACCGUUUUCUUCUACUCGGCUAUUCAGAAGCAGCGAUAUCUGUUCGGCACAAGAUGGGCUACUGUUGAGGAUUUGAACACGGUCCUGGAUCUCNCUCCAGAUCAUUUUGCAGCAUGUUCGUUCCUCCGACAGUCUUUGGCGCUAUCCCUGAUCCACGAGCACGCCCUAUUCAGCGGACUUUUUAAGGACAAUUCAUCAGCGGAUAUGACAGCAAGGAUCCAAACCUUUGAAUUGCUGGCCACGCGCGACCCUGACGCUUGCACGACUGCAUUACGAGAAGCUGCCAAAAUUGGAUCUACUGAUUUUGUUUAUGCCACAGAAACUACAGAGCUUCUGAUCAACGUCUCUACCAAGCUUUUAUUUGGCGAAAGCGUGGAUAUUGAGGUUCAAGAUGCUGCUCAGGAAGUCCUGGUCAGCUUGUUGUCCCAAGGUGUUGUGGAGAAGAAUGCCAUCUUCACUAGCUUCAAGGAGUCGUACCUGCCUUCAAGUGCUACCACACCGCUUUUCGGUGACAAGCGACUUAUCUUGCAGGGAGCACUACUGAACUUCCGCGCGCAAGAUGACUCGCUGAACGAUGAUCAACUCACGAAAGAUUUCAGACGGUGGGUUUCGCAGGUUCGUCAUGCUCUGCAAGACUCGANNACAUAUGCGGCUGCGACAGCAACGCAACAGCUUGAAGAGAAGUCUCUAGCAUACUUUAACUCUGUUGAUUCGAGCAACACUGUUCUAGAAUUAUGUCUUGCUGUCUAUGACCUCUGCAACGACGAUGAUGUCGAGAUCCGAACACUCGCCGCUCCAGUCGGCAUCAAUGUUCUCAAUGCAGGUAGCGAGAAGAAACAGGCUAACAUGGUGCCAUUAGCCGCGAAUCAAGGCCUAGCAGAGUUCAUAUCAUCGGCUUUCGAGAGUAACGCCUUAGCAGCCUCAACAGCUAUCAGCAGAGCCACCGGAAAUGCCGUCAACACCUCUUUCCCAGAGUCUGUCAAACAAUCGCUAGCCGAGAAGAGCAAAUCAGGUUCUUCUCUCUUCGCACAAGAAAAGCACAAUCUCUUCAUCGACGAGACCAGAGAAGCACGAGUGUGGGCUUCUGUCGCUGCUCGACUUCGACCAGACGCCUUCUCCUUCCGUCUACUCAUGAACCUUUGCACGUGGGUCGUCGACGGUCUCGACGUCUUGAUUGCUGAGAUUGAAGAUAAGCCUGAUACACCGCUUGGUUGGAGCAGGAAAUCGGAGGUUUUCGUCCUGGGCAUGCAGAUCCUAUAUUCUGCUCAGCUUUUGUUGGGUUUGAAUAAGAGAGGCGUUGAGAUGCCGGUUCAGGCAAGCGCCGUCGUCAAAAGAUUGGAUGUGUUUGUGACAAAGGGUCAGGAGAAUGGAGUGAACAGUCUGUGGUUACAGACUUGCAAGGAAGUUCUGGAACAGCAGGGUUGA